CAAGUCUGUACUUCCGGUCGGCCAUAACACGUGUUUUUUAUGUGAAAAAGAAAAUGUUUCAUUAUUUUCCCCAACCGCCAAGUCUUCAUAGAAAUGCUCCGUCCUCUUAAAAUAAUAAUUGCAACAAUAAUGUUCUCUCUCUAUAUUUACCACAAGGGGUUAACAGUAAUAAUUUUCUCCUCGUAAUAACACGCUAGACAGGAUUUUGCUAAAAGUUGUACAUUUCAUGAACCUAAUGUCAACUCAAUGAAAACCAAAACAUGCAGCGUAUCCACAAAUGAGGAGAAAUGCCUGAAAUUCUCUUUCUACACAUUAAACUGUAAGAAUACAUUUGCCAUUUGGAAUGCAGUAGUUUAAACAAUGAGUCUGGAAAUUCUAUGAAUUUGUGCUAUAGCUUCCUCCAGCCUUCUCUCUGGAUUUCUUCACUUCCAAUCAGAAGUGAAAUGCUUUUCUUCUGAGACUGAAAAUUUUACUCCAUGUAUAACUCUUUUAAGAAAACUGAUGGAAUAUUUUCAUAUUUCGUUAACUCCAGUCGAUAAAAUUAGGUGAAUUCUUUAAUUAUUAAUGGAUGCAAGUAUGGUAACAAAACUCUUUGGGGACAUUGUAACAAAUAAAAAAAGAAACCAAUGCAAAACAAAAAAACCAACAACAAUCAAACCCCAUCAUGGGAAAUGUUUGUUCAAGUUUCAUGUUGGGUUUCUUCAUCCUUAAUUUAUUGGUGUUAAAUUAAAGGAUUCUUAUUGAAAUUGCAAAUUAAAAUUUAAAGAAAAACUAAAUUUUAACAACCUUACAAAAUGAAAAGAAAAUCUUGACGUAUCAAAGGAGAAGAAAUUGCAUCAGAAGAAAACAGACCCCAUUGUGGUAAAAUUUGUGUUGGAGAUUCAUGUUGGAUUUCUUUCUCCAUAAAUUAAUGGCGUUGACGGAUUCUUAUUGAAAUUGCAAAUUUAAAAGAAAUUUAGGCAACCUUACAAAAUGAAAAGAAAAUCUCGAAGUAGGUUUGGUGAUCAAAGAAGAAAUCGGAAAAAAACAUGUGUUUGUGAAAUUUGUGGACAAGCAUUCUCUGGAAACAGUGAAUUGACGAUACAUAAACGUACCCAUACAGGUGAGAAACCAUACAAAUGUGAGGUGUGUGAUAAAGCGUUUUCCGUAGCCCGGUAUUUGACUGAUCAUAAAUGGAUACAUAUCAAGAACAAGCCACACCAAUGUCAGUUUUGUGAUAAAACGUUUUCUAAAAAGAGCAGAUUGAAUUUACAUGUUAGGAUUCAUACGGGGGAGAAGCCAUUUCAGUGUGACAUCUGUGGUGAAGCGUUUUCUCGUAAUAGUUUACUGUCUGUCCAUAAAUGGUCCCAUACGGGCGAGAACCCAUUUUGCUGUGAAAUCUGUGGUAGGUCUUUUUCGCAAAAUAGCUAUUUAUCCCAACACAUAAUGACGCACAUCGAGACGAAACCGUUCAUCUGUGAAAUCUGCGGCAAAACCUUUUCCUUCAAGAAGAACCUGACCUACCACUCGGUGACUCAUUUGGAAAAGUCGCAUCACUGCGACAUCUGCAGCAAAUCGUUUUAUUGUAAAAACCAUUUGACCAAUCACGAAUCGUCGCACGUGGGUGACAAACUGUACAGCUGCAAUUACUGCGAGGAGACUUUCUGUCAGAGGAGCCUUUUGCACCGACACAAGCUUGCUCACCCAGAAGCGAAACCAUCUUGCGCAGUUUGCGGGCGGAAGUUUUCUAACAAACGAAAUUUAACUGUGCACCUGCGAAUUCAUACCGGGGAGAAGCCAUACCACUGCGAGAUUUGCGGUAAGUCAUUUGCAGCAAACAGCAAUCUGACACGACACGUUCAGAUUCACACGGGAGAAAAACCGUACCACUGUGAUAUUUGCGGUAAGUCUUUCUCUCAGAACAAUUUAAAACGACAUAAUUUUGUCCAUACAGGGGAGAGACCAUUCCAGUGUGAGAUUUGUGGCAGAGCAUUCACUUUUAAGACAGACUUACACAAACAUGUACGUACACACACAGGAGAGAAGCCAUACUGCUGUGAAAUUUGUGGUAAAGCUUACUCCUACACAUACAGUUUGAACACCCAUAGAUUGACUCACAUCGUAUAAGAACAGUUAUCAUAGACUACCUGACGAGCUUUCAUUCAGAACUAAUUACUCUUGUCCAGUUAUGCUUUUUGAAGAUGAAUAAUUAAGAUUAAGAGGAUCCAGCUUCAAACAAAUAACUAAAUGAAGUAGGAAGUUAAACAUUAAAAAAGACAGAUACAUAAAACA